AAAAACCAGAAAUUCGUCUUUCAUUUGAGCGCAUCCAAGGCUUCUUCACAACCCGUUCGCGCAGCAGCAUCUCUGCUGAAGCCUCCAUUGAAGAACCUGUCUGCUGCGACGAGGUGUUUACCCCCUCCCCUCUCCGUGAGUCAUCUUGAUUCUUAUACAUCAGGCAACGCUCUCUGGCCACGAUCUUCCGGAUUGCUUUCUUCACGCCCAUCUAUCUUGAUCAAGUUAAUCGGCAACAGGUUCUCUCUCUCUCGCUCUCUGUCCUGGAUGACUGAAUCUGAUCUGCCCUCGGGAAACAGAAACUUCUUCGGAGUGUCUCUUUUGUUGAUUUCGGAUUUAAUUCGAUUAGAUUUUGUGAGUUUUCGGAAGCAAAUCGCGUCCCGAUCGAUUUGAAGUCACUCAAUCCGACGAGAUUCUCCAGAGUCCAAAUAGGCGUCUCGAAAAUUCCUAACUAGGAGAUUGUAAUUUAACUGUUCACAAGAUGUCUUCAGCCCAAGAUCCAUUUUAUAUUGUAAAAGAGGAGAUUCAGGACUCUAUUGAUAAAUUGCUGUCUACCUUUCACCAAUGGGAACGUAUACCUUCGGAUACUGGAGAGCAAGUAGAUCUCACAAAGGAACUGCUUGCUGGUUGUGAGAGCAUCGAGUGGCAGGUGGAUGAGUUGGACAAAGCAAUUUCUGUGGCAGCUAGAGAUCCUGCUUGGUAUGGCAUUAAUGAUGUCGAGCUUGAAAAAAGAAGGAGAUGGACCAGCAACGCUCGUACUCAGGUGGGCACCAUGAAGAAAACCGUAGUAGCUGGAAAGGAGUUGAAGAGUACAAGCACUAAUGAUGUGAAUGGGAUGCGACGAGAACUAAUGAGGCUGCCAAAUUCUCAUCAAGCGGAUAGAUCCAACCAGUACCGUUCCCAGGAUAACGAUGAUUUCAUAUCGUCAGAAUCUGAUAGGCAGUUGCUUCUCAUAAAGCAGCAGGAUGAGGAGCUGGAUGAACUUAGUGCAAGUGUGGAGAGAAUUGGGGGCGUGGGACUUACCAUACAUGAAGAACUCCUCGCACAUGAGAAGAUAAUUGAUGAUUUGGGCAUGGAGAUGGACACUACAUCUAACCGUCUUGAUUUUGUUCAGAAGAAGGUAGCCAUGGUCAUGAAGAAGGCUGGUGCCAAGGGUCAGAUAAUGAUGAUAUUGUUCCUGGUAGUUUUGUUUAUUGUCCUUUUUGUUAUGGUCUUCUUCACCUAAGCUAGAGAGGAAGAAGCUGCUCCCAGUGUUGGUGAUACACAGGAGAGAAGUUUGAUCUCACCUAAAUGCAAGACUCCGUAAAAGCAGAUAAAUGAAUUAAAUCGAUGUAUUGUUGAAUAAAUUGAUACCUCAUGUUGCUGGAUGAGUGCCUUUCCUCCUCCUCCCCCCCACCCCCCUCCCCCGCCCCGUUUUUUUUUGGAGAGAGCACAGUUAGGAGUAGGAUUGAUUGCUUUGCAAUUAAUGUGAAUGUAAGAAGAUUUAUACAGGGUAAUUGGAUUAUUCGUCCAUACCAUACCAUGUUUGUCUUUGGCAAGAAAUGUAAAUGCUCUCUUUUUACACGUGUCA